AUGACAUUUCUACCACCAACUGAAGAACAAAUCGCAGAAGCACUUGGUGAUACUACACAGUUAGCGGCAGACAUUCAAAAAGCUCUAACAAAUGGGAUCAAUGAAAGUUUUGAGUCAAUACCAGAGCCUGAUUACUGGGGAUGGUUAAAUCAACGCAAAGAAUGUGGGCAAACAUUUAAUUCAUUCGAACAGAUUGCUUCCAAAGCAAUUCCUCAUUCAACGUAA